CGCAGCCCGCAGUGUCUCCUUCUCUCUCCCCUGGACUAGAAGACGGGCACAGUGUCACAGCGCCCUCGGCCCUGCCCAGCACUAUGCCGAGCUCGCUUCAUCCCGAGACGGGGGGCUUCAGUGCAAAGGCGACGGCCCCUCCUGUGACGAGCAGAGACCAGGACGCAGCCACCACGCAACUCAGCGUGACUGGCCCCCGCACGCUUGGACCGGAGGAGCCAUCUCUGCCCCCCAGCCUGCGGGCAGCCACCGAGGCAGAGGGGCUGCAGACUCCUGUCACGACCAGCGCCCCAGAUGCCACAACAGGGCUCCGCAAUGAGAGCCAGGCAGCCAACAGCAGCUCGGACAUCCCCUCUCCUCCUCCGACCGCCAACGCGACGGAGCUCAACCAGCCUGGCCACGAAGGGACAGAGCCCACUGGCACUCCCGGCCAGCUCAGCGCCAGGACGGAGGCUCCAACGCCCUUGACCCCUAAGGACUCGCCAGCCACGCAAGGCCGUGCCCAGCCGCCCUCGGAGUUCAGCACCUUGGGACCCAGGAUGGGCAGACCCGACUCUGUGCCCGGGACAGCCCACGAGGGUGCCACUAAGGAGAGCAACACGGAGCCCGCCACCAUCCCUGCCACACAGGCUGGGCUGGCCACGACUGCCUCCAGCACCACCACGGGCGCCUCCGUAGCUGCCUCUGCCGCCACUGCCACCGCUAUCAGUACCACCAUCAGGACGCCCCCAGCGGCUGUGACACGGCAAGCAGUGGACCCCGUGCACGAGAAAGUGCCAGUGCUAGAUGUGGGGGAUGAGGAGGAUCAAGCAGAGCUGCCCAGCUCGCCUGUCACAGGGAUGGCGGGGGCUGACCCCCUGGUCAUCACCAUCAUCUCCGUCUUCAUCAUCAUGGUGGGCAUCCUGGGCCUGGUGGGCUUCCUGAAGUACCGACAGCACAACAGCCGCAUGGAGUUUCGGCGCCUGCAGGACCUGCCCAUGGAUGACAUGAUGGAGGAUACACCGCUCUCACUCUACAGCUACUAGGCCACCAGACGAUGACCCUCCGCCCAGCGUCGGAGAGGCUGGAGUGCCCUCAGGAGCAGGCCCUGGAGGACGAGGGCUGAUUUUUUGCACAGGAACAGAAAUGUUCCUUUCAGACAGUUUGGUUUGGUUUUAGACUUUUUAAACGUUUGGUUUUCAAGUUUUUAUGCCGAGAGCCGGAGCCGGCCAGAGCCCCUGCCUGGCCCUGGCCCUCUGCUCACUGCAUUGCAAAUGCCCUGGCACUCCCCCGAGAGGCGUUUUCCAGUUCGGGCUUUAGCCCCAUGGCCAUGUCAAGGUUUUUACUGCCCAUGUCUGGCGACGACUCACCAGUGCCCCCUGGCAGCGGCUGCCCAGGGCCAGAGGGCAGACGGCUCGAGCCCAAGGAGCUCCUGGGUUUCCACCUCAACACUGGGAACCAGAGUCAGGCAGCAGGUUGGCUCCCACCUGCUUUGUGCUCUUCGUGUACCUCUUGUUCCCGUUCUGGCUUAGCACAGUCAGCCCAGAGAAGCUGGCAAACCACAACACCUCCACCUGCUGUGCCACCAGGAGCAGCGUGCCCCUGCUUGCAGGGGUACCACACCGUUGCACUGGAUGUCCACAGAGCUGUGGGAUCAGCAGUGGCUCCUUGGCAGGGCCGAGUGCCCCCAGCUUUGCUUCUCUUCCCCCUGGAGCAGCACAAACAUAACCCCCCUUGCAGGCUGUGGGUGGGGGCCCUUGCCUGUUUCCUGCCCCUGCUGUCCUUGCCCGAGUGCCUGAGUUUCAGAGGUCAGUUUGUGCCUAUUAGUGGCACUGGACCCUCUUGGCGGGGGGAGACUGGCCUGCCCCAUAGCUGAGAGCUCCCCUGUUCAGUCUUUUGGUAACCCUGGUCCUUGCCUCGGCUGUUUGGCACCUGUUUGUGAAAAGAGCCUUACUCCUCUCCCUUCCUCUUCCUCGGAGCUGUUGGGCUUGUGCUACCUCCCCCACCUCCACUGCCACUAGCAUAAACAAUAUCCCGUGUGCUGUGCUUGAGCCGUAGCUCUUCUCCAGCUCCUCAUAUCCCUUGGCUGGUCCCAGGGCAGGGGCUGAACAUCACCUAGAGCUGCCACAGCUGUAUAAUCAAGAGGCAUCAGGCUUGGGAACAGCCAGAGACCCUCCAGGGCCAGAACUGGGUGCAUCCGGGCUUGGUGUGGAGACGGGAAAGGGCAGUACUCUCAGCCCAGCUGCUCUCAGCAGAGUUCAGGCACGUGACCCCUAGAGACGGAGCCUGUCCAUCAGUUGUAUGCCCCACUAACACCCAGCUGCCUGUCUCCACAGCUAUGGUAGUGUCUGCGUUAUGCUUCCAGGGCCUCUUCUCCCACCAGCAAGGCCCAAGUCUCCUCCUUGACUUAUGAGAUUAUUAUUUAGGCCACGCGGCAGAGGGACAAGGCGGAUAAGCCGGGCAGGGGGGUUGCGCCCUCUCUGCAGCAGGCUGGGACAUUGGAAGUAGCUGGUACAAGGCCCUGCGCCGUCGUUUGGGUUCUGCUGGCAUUGGGUGCGGGUCUGUUAAUGAUACUGAGAUGCUCAAAAGUAAUGAUGGGAGUGAGGGCAUGUGGUUUGUGCUGCAGGCCCUGGGCAGGAUUCACGGGCUCUCGAGGGCAGAAUGCUUCUGCACGGAGCAGUUUACAGACAGCAGACUUGUUUCCUGGCUUUGGGGGCAGGGUGUUGCCACUGUUUGGCACAGACAGAAGCCUGUUCCUGAUGGAAACAACUUUGGCAUGGCUGAGACAGCAGGGCACUGCCUGGCUGUCCCCACCACCCCUGCCUCAGACCUGGGGGUGUGGGGGUGAGGAAGGGAUCUCAGCAAACACCAAAGUGCAACUUUUUCUCUUCUAUAUGUUGAUAGUGGAUUUUUUUCUGCAAUAAAAGUUAUAACUGCCAAAGG